AUUAUUCAUGACUUUGUUUUUGCCUCUUUGAGAACAUGACCUUCUCCCUAGUUGGCCCAGGAUCUCCAUCUGCCUGGGCUGAGAGGAAGGAGCAGCGAUGAGAAUCCUGCAGGGAACUAGAGCUGUGUAGACUGCUCCAGUCAGAGAGAGCAAGCCAGGUCCCUGUUGAUAAAGAGCUGCUUUCAGCUGGACUUGUCACCCCCAAACGCAUAGGAACUAUCUUGCUGCUUCUGAAUUAAAAUGAUUGAGAAGAUGAUGAUGAAGAUAUUGAUCGUGUUUGUGCUUGGAAUGAACUACCCGUCUUGCGCAGGUUUCCCGGUGUAUGACUAUGACUCAUCCUCCUUGAGGGAAGCCCUCCGUGUGUCCGUGGCAAAAGUGAAUUCCCAGUCCCUGAGCCCGUAUCUGUUUCGGGCAUUCAGAAGCUCUGUAAAAAGAGUCAAUGUUCUGGAUCAGGACAGCUUGAACAUGGACUUAGAGUUUGGCAUUCGGGAGACAACAUGCAGGAGAGAUUCUGGAGAAGACCCCGCUACCUGUGACUUCCAAAGGGGCUACUACAUGCCCUCAGCUAUUUGCAGAAGUACGGUGCGGGUGUCUGCUGAGCAGGUGCAGGAUGUGUGGGUUCGCUGCCACUGGUCCUCCAGCUCUGAGUCUAACAGCAGCGAAGAGAUGUUUUUGGGGGACAUAUUGGGAUCCUCUAAAAGGAGAAACAACUACCUACUUGAGAGCCUGAGAGGGAUCUUUCCUCCUGGGAAUCGAGGGUACCCGAACAAGUGGCGCAGACUUCAAGAAUAAACGCUGGCUUUGAGUAAUGGCCUCAAGCAAAAUACAUCGGAAAGAAUAGAAGGGCCAGUGAAGAAAGAUACUUUAUGAAUUGUGUGAUUUUUUUUUUGAUCGGUUCCAGUCCUUAAUAAAUGUUUUACUCUUCCUCUUUUUCCAUUGCCCGAUUAAAUAAAAAAAAAAGGUGUAACUGUCAAAUUUUUAGAUAAGAAGCAAUGACAUGAGGAGAUUAAUAUUACCUAAGGAUUUUAGGAGCUAGAACUCACAAAGUGGCCAUGCUUAGCAUAAUGAUGUCAAAUGCAUGUUUUAGAUCAAUAUGCAAUGAUUGUAAAUUCCUCAUUUUUAAAAAGACAAUCAGUCCAGGCAGCUUGGUGUCAAGAGUGUCUUUCCUUUUGUGACUUACUUUAAUUAAAAAAUAAUAAAGCAUCUGGUGAUUUAGGGAUGAAAGGCAGUCCCCUCCCCACCACCAAGAUGUCCCUGUGGAUUCUUUUUCUCUAGACUUGUCAGUCCCGGGCAUCAAUAUAGCAAAGCCAGCUUUCUGUCAAAACAGAUAUUGCCAAGAAAGUACCCAAGGACAGAGGUCUGUGUUCCCAGGCCGCCUGGCAAUUGCCGCAGUUAGGGGAUGCUCUUGGAGCCUGGCCCUUCUGCAGCAGCCCUGGGAGGAUUAUAGGAUGUGAGAAUCUACAAAUCCAAAUGCAGUCCCUUUCCAGCGAGACUGAAACCCUUGUCAGAUCCCCCUGGCUUUCCAUGAAGACGUCACAAGCCCCUGGGAACUAUUUCCUGAAUGGAUAAUACACUAAAGACAUUAUUGGUUAUUUGUACCUUCAUUUACAGGGUGAUGGGUAUUAAAGAGGGCACUUGUGAUGAGUACUGUGUGUUAUACACAACUAAUGAUUUUUUGAAUACUACAUCAAAAGCUAAUGAUGUACUAUACAGUGGCUAACUGAACACAAUAAAAAAAUAAAAAUAUAUAUA